CACAGAUGCACCACCCUAAACUUUACAAUAAAUAGCUCCAUUGAACCGUCCUGGCGGAGCUGCGAGGUUGCCUUUGGCUGUUACGAUCUCUCACGGUGCUGGCUUCAGCUUCUCGAACACAAGACACGAAAUAUUUGACGUUUAAGUACAGAAGAAAUGGAGAAGCAAGCGGUGGACGGCGCUCGUAGAGCCUUCAAUUCAGGGAGGUCCAGGCCCCUGCAGUACAGAAAGCAGCAGCUGAGCGCUUUACUCAGGCUGAUCCGUGAACGCCAAGCCGAGAUCGUAUCUGCUCUCAAGCGAGACAUCAGUAGGAGUGAGUUUGAUACACCAAUUUUUGAGCUGAUUGGCAUUGAAAAUGAUAUCAAACUAGCUGAACGCAACCUUGCUGACUGGAUGGCUCCUCAACCUGUGAAGAAGACCCUGCUCACCAUAACAGACGAUGUUUAUAUUAAAGCAGAACCUCUGGGUGUAGUGUUGAUCAUAGGAGCCUGGAACUAUCCGUGGUCCCUCACUUUGCGACCCCUGGUUGGAGCCAUUGCAGCAGGUAAUGCAGCUGUGGUGAAGCCCUCAGAAGUGAGCAAAAGCUCAGCCAGUCUACUGAAAGAACUGCUUCCUCAGUAUUUGGAUACGGAGAUGUACCCUGUGGUGACUGGAGGAGUUCCUGAGACCCAGGAGCUGCUGAAGCAGCGUUUUGACCACAUCUUCUACACGGGGAACAGCACGGUGGGAAAACUGGUUAUGGAAGCAGCUGCACGGCACCUCGCACCUGUGACUCUGGAGCUGGGAGGGAAGAGCCCCUGUUACAUAGAUAAAGACUGUGACAUUGCGGUUGCUUGUCGUCGAAUUACCUGGGGGAAGUUUGCUAACUGUGGUCAGACAUGCAUCGCUCCAGACUACAUUCUCUGUCAUCCCAACAUUCAGCAUAGAGUGAUUGAAGAGAUUCGUCAGACAUUGCUGGAGUUCUACGGGGAAGACCCUAAAACCUCUCCAGAUUAUGGACGCAUUAUCAACCAGCAUCACUUUGACCGUUUGCUGGCCCUAAUAGAGGGAUGCACCGUGGCUGUUGGAGGAGAAAGCGAUAAAUCGCAGUGUUAUAUCACACCGACCAUCCUGAAGGAUGUUUUGCCGCAUGCCAGGAUAAUGCAGGAAGAGAUCUUUGGACCCGUGCUGCCGAUAGUCACUGCCGGUGAUGUCAAUGAGGUCAUACGCUUUAUCAACGAGAGGCCAAAGCCAUUGGCUCUAUAUGUCUUCUCUUCUAAUAAGAAGGUGGUCAGGAGAAUGCUGAAUGAGACAACCAGUGGAGGAGUGUUGGUUAAUGAUGUCAUGGUGCACUACACCAUUAAUGCUUUACCCUUUGGGGGAGUAGGGAACAGUGGGGUAGGUAGAUACCAUGGGAAGCACACCUUUGACCAGCUGAGCCAUCACCGUGCUUGCCUCAUCAAGUCGCUGGCCAUGGAGAGGCUGAACAUGGCCCGCUACCCUCCCAUGACCCCGUCCCGCCUGCGCACAUCCAUGUUUUUCCUGCGCAGCCGAUCAGGGAGCUGUGAUCAGGCUCUUCGCGCCUGGGCUGUCGUCUCCUCCUUGCUGGCUCUGGCCCUGCUGAUCUCCCUGUUGGUGGUUCUGCUCAGGGAUUCUAAUAUUGCGGCCUGAAGAUCUGCACGUCCAGUUAUUAGAUCAGUGGUUAAGGUACCCCACUUGUUUUUGGAAGGUCGCCAAUUCAAGCCCCACCACCGCCAAGUUGCCACUUUUGGGCCCCUGAGCAAGGCCCUUAACCCUCAAUUGCUCA